ACUAUUUAUUUGAUCUUUUGAUUAUUUUCUUCCGACUGAAGUUAAGAAUUUAAAAAUUUCCUAUUUUGUACAUUCAUAAAUUAAAAACGAAAAUAUUUUGUGGUUGUUAUUGUCAGUUAUUGGUUCUAGGCAUACAGUGAAUAGAAAGUUUGUGUAAGAUUCUGAUACAGUUCCAUUCAUUUCAAAACAAUUUGGUGAUAUAAGAUAAGCCUAAACUAAAAUGUUGACAACUUUUUUAAACAUUAGGCCUAUAGAGGAACUUUAUUUAAUUUAUGUUGGUUAAAAUUAUAAUGAACAUUAUUUGCAUGUAAAAGGCAUGAUAGCCUAUAAGUUUUAUUCAAUACCUAAUUUCAGUGUUAGACCUGCUAACAAUCACAAAGUUUUGUUUUUUAGUGAUUGAAUAUCUUAUCCUAGAUUUAGAUUUAGGACUAAGUAAGAUACAGACUUACAGACAUGUCCAUCACAGCUAAAGGAGACAAAUGGUGUAAUAUUGCUAUUAGUGGAACUACUGAAUUGUUUGAUAAUGAGGGGCUCGAAACUAAAACCUCAAAAGAGCAAGAUAAAGUGGAGAAGUCCAUUGAACGGUUGUUCAAUUUGUUUUAUAAGAAAGCAGAAAUCGACCCUGAAGAGCCUUUGCUUCUUAGAGAUGUACACUUGCAUUUCCUAAAACAACAUCUGUGUCAUUUGCCAACUGGUUAUGAGUGUUUGGAUGCAAGCAGACCAUGGCUGUGUUACUGGAUAACCCAUUCAUUGGUGAUGUUAAACUACUCCAUUGACAAAGAACAAUCCGGUCAUAUAGCAACAUUUCUAGCAAGAUGUCAGAAUGAGGAUGGUGGUUUUGGAGGUGGGCCGGGACAGAUGUCUCAUCUUGCCCCAACAUACGCUGCUGUAAACACUCUGUGCUCUCUGGGCACACCUGAGGCUUAUAAUGUUAUUGAUAGGGAAAAACUGAAACAGUACCUGAGGACCGUCAGGCAACCCAAUGGUGCUUUUUGUAUGCAUGUGGGAGGUGAAGUUGAUGUCAGGGGUGUAUACUGCGCCUUGUCUGUUUCCCUGCUGACUAACAUUUAUUCUGAAGACCUAUUUACAAACUCUGCUGAAUGGAUCAUCCUUUGUCAAACGUAUGAAGGUGGUUUUUCUGGAGUGCCAGGUAUGGAAGCGCACGGUGGUUAUGCAUUUUGUGCCAUCGCGGCUCUCUCUCUGUUACGCAAAGUACACCUCUGUGAUGUUAGGUUGCUCUUGAGAUGGGCAGUCAACAGACAGAUGCGGUAUGAGGGAGGAUUCCAAGGCAGAACCAACAAACUGGUUGACGGUUGUUAUUCCUUCUGGCAAGGUGGAAUGUUCCCCAUUAUACAAGGAAUUAUCUGCAUGCAAGAGAGCACCACAGUGGAGGUCGACCAGUGGCUGUUCAACAGUGAGGCAUUACAACAGUACAUUCUAGUCUGCUGUCAGCAUCCCAGUGGAGGGCUCAUUGAUAAGCCAUCCAAGGCACGAGAUAUUUACCACACAUGUUACACUCUAAGUGGCCUUGCAGUUGCUCAGAAUCUACCCUCAGGAAGAUGCGCUGUUUUAGGGUCAACAUAUAAUUUGCUUGAGCCAGUCCAUCCACUUUAUAAUAUUGGUUUAACCAGAGUUCAGCGUGCUCAAGACUUUUUUCAGCAGUUACCUGUUCCUCUAUGAUAAUUUUCUGUACUUAAAAAUAUUAACAAAUUUGUUUAAUAAAUGAUUGUUAAUGA